AUAUUGUGAUCCCCGAGCGCACAAAUGAGGUUACUGUGAAGGCUAUUGCACAUUAUGAUGGUAAGGCCUAUCGCUGUGGCGCCUCACGGAAAGAGCAGAUGAAGCUCGUACAAGCGCUUGUAAGUGAAAAUAAUAACACCAGCCAAAGGAAUGGUGUAAACAGCUGUGUCUUUGUACACCCACAAGAUGAGUGGCUUGUUGCGGGCCAUGGAACGGUAGGGGUGGAGCUUAUGCUGCAGACAGAUGGGCGCUUAGAUUUGGUGGUGGUGCCGGCGAUGGGAGGUGCCCUGUUGGCGGGUGUAGCCCUCGCUGUGAAAGGUAUGAAGCCAAACAUAGCCGUCUACGCUGCAGAAUGUGAAACACCAGAUCCCGAGUGUGAGUUCGAGCACGGGCCUAUCAUUGCUGUCAACAAGAAGGGAUCCACCGAUGUAAAGGACAGCAGGAGGGAAGAAAAUGGCGCUGGUGGUGUGGCGCAGAAAAUUCUCAUGCCAUUAAACGAAAUGGUCGCGCAGUGUAUCAAUCGCCACGUGGACGGUGUGAUAAAGGUCACGCAAGAGCAAAAACGCCACGCCUUUCGCUUUGUUUAUGAACGCUGCAAGCUGGUGAUUGACGACAAUGCCGCGACGGCCGUGGCUGCCGUUUUGACGCGUCCGGAGGCCUUGUCGCGUUACAGGCGCGUUGGCAUUGUACUGACAGGCGGUAACGUUGAUCUGGAUGCCAUCCCGCGACUGGCGCGGCUGUGA